CCCGCCUGACGCAUGCGCGCUGCAUUGUUUUGACUGAAAAUGCCGUCGGUUUCGAAAGCGGCGGCGGCGGCGCUGAGCGGGUCCCCCCCGCAGACAGAGAAGCCGACCCACUACAGGUAUCUAAAGGAGUUUAGGACAGAGCAGUGCGCCCUGUUUGUGCAGCACAAGUGCGCCCAGCACAGGCCAUUUACCUGUUUCCAUUGGCAUUUCCUAAAUCAGCGUCGGCGUAGACCGCUCCGCAGGCGGGACGGCACCUUCAACUACAGCCCGGACGUGUACUGCUCCAAGUACGACGAGGCCAGCGGCGUGUGCCCCGACGGCGACGAGUGCCCGCACCUGCACCGGACGGCCGGGGACACGGAGCGCAAGUACCACCUGCGCUACUACAAGACGGUCACGUGCAUCCACGAGACGGACGCCCGGGGCCACUGCGCGAAGAACGGGCCACACUGCGCCUUUGCACACGGCCCGCUGGACCUGCGGCCACCUGUGUGCGACAUCAGGGAGCUGCAGGCCCAGGAAGCCUUGCAGGACGGCCAGCUGUGCAGCACGGAUGGUGUCCCCGACCUGCAGCCCGGGGUCUUGGCCAGCCAGGCCAUGAUCGAGAAGAUCCUGGGUGAGGACCCCCGGUGGCAAGACGCCAACUUCGUGCUGGGCAGCUACAAGACGGAGCAGUGCCCGAAGCCGCCACGCCUGUGCCGCCAGGGCUACGCGUGCCCGCAUUACCACAACAGCCGGGACCGCCGCCGGGACCCCAGGAGGUUCCAGUACCGGUCCACCCCGUGUCCCAGCGUGAAGCACGGUGACGAGUGGGGCGAGCCCGCGAGGUGUGACAGCGGGGACGGCUGUCAGUACUGCCAUUCCCGCGCGGAGCAGCAGUUCCACCCCGAGAUCUACAAAUCCACCAAGUGCAAUGACAUGCGGCAGAGCGGGUACUGCCCACGGGGCCCAUUCUGCGCCUUCGCACACGUGGACAAGAGUCUCGGGACGGCCAACGGCGGGGGCUGCCGAGACCCAGCGCCCGCCCCCACCAGCGGCUCCGCGGCCAGCAGCGGCCGGCCUGCAUACGCAAAGCGGAGAGAGUCCCCUGCCGAGGGCAGCCACCGGGCCAGCGAGCAGGACGGCAAGCAGAACCACCUGUCCGUGUCCGCAGUGGCUCACCCGCUCGCCCCUGGCGUGGGGUCCAGCACCGGCUCCGGCAGCUCCUCCCCGACCGCCCUGCCCACCCUCCCGGCCUGCGCCCACCCGCCCGAGCCCCCCAGUGGUGCUUCCGAGCCCGCCCCAGGUGCUGCUCUGGACCUUCACCCCCGCGACCUCGGCCUCCCCGCCCUAGACGGAGAGCGGGAAGAGCAUGACAGCGGCGACCUGGGCCCGGCAGGUCCGAGGUCACUGGGGGGCGCGGCGCCUGUCACCAUCCCGGGCUGCCCGCCCCGCUCCCCGUCCCUGCACUCAUCCUCGUCGCUGUCCACCUCCCCGCUCAGCUCGCUGUCCCAGUCCCUGUCGGGGCCUCUCGUCUCCUCGGCCAUGACACCCCCCCAGCAGCCGCCGGCCCUCAGGUCGGAGCCUGGGGCACUGGGCCCCUCCGCCACGUCCUACAGCUCCUUAGGCUUGAACGGCGUCCCCGGGAGCAUCUGGGACUUUGUUUCCGGCAGCUUCUCCCCCAGUCCGUCCCCCAUCCUGAACAGCGGCCCCGCCCCGCCGGCAAGCACGAGUCCCAGCGGCGCGGAGCUGGCCCGGGUCCGGCGGCAGCUGGACGAGGCCAAGAGGAAGAUCCGGCAGUGGGAGGAGUCCUGGCGGCAGGUGAAGCAGGCCUGUGACGCGUGGCAGCGGGAGGCGCAGGAGGCGAAGGAGCGGGCCCUGGCGGCAGACAGCGCGCGGCAGCUGGCCCUGCAGAAGAAGGAGGAGGUGGAGGCCCAGUUCCGGCGGCUGCAGGAGGAGCUGGAGGGCCGCGGGCUGCGGCGCUGCGCCGACCUGGGCGCCGUCCCUCUGCCCCAGCUGCACUCACUGCAGAGUCGGCUGCGCCUGGACUUGGAAGCCGUGGACGGGGUGAUCUUCCAGCUGCGAGCCAAGCAGUGCGCCGUGUGCCGGGAGUGCGCCCGCGGUGCCGUCCUCCAGCCCUGCCAGCACCGCGUGCUCUGCGAGCCCUGCGCCGCGGGCGCGCCCCCCUGCCCCUACUGCGAGGGCCAGCCCCUCCCGUGGUGACUG